AUGAUACUAACACUCUUCUUCCUCACUCUCCUCACGUCAUCAAAUGCCCUUCCCUCCACCCUUUCUCCCCGCGAAAUCUGCACGCCCGCAUCCUUUUCCAAUCCCUCCAAAGACGACACUCCAGCCAUCCUCUCUGCGCUUCAGAAAUGCGGCAAUGGCGGCCGUAUUCUCCUCCCAAAGGGCACUACCUACACCAUCCGCUCUCCAAUCGACCUUUCUGCAUGCCAGGCCUGUGAUUUCCAAAUCAACGGUCUCCUCGGCGUAUCCACUGAUUGGAACUUCUGGAGCGGGCAGCACGCCGUGUUUACCAUUAUCUCGGGCCAAGCGGCCGUAAUACGAAGUGACGGCAACACAGGCAUCAUCAAUGCGAACUCGUACGGCGUCACUACCUCCUACAAAGAACCCUCCAAAACACCCAAGCUGUUCAGCAUCACUAAUUCCUCCAACAUCCAUUUCUCGGGUCUCAAGCUUAAGAACGUGUACGGCACGGCAUUCGAGGUCACAGCAAAAACCACAGGCAUGUAUUUCUACGAUAUGGACAUUGGCACGGAAGAUAGCACAGCUCCGCCAACGGAUGGAUUCCAAAUCAGCGACGCUAAACACGUGUACAUCAACAAUAAUACAAUCCGUGCAGACGGCGCGUGCGUUAUGUUAUUACCAAAUGCUUCUAAUGUUCAGGUGGAAGAUACCACUUGUAUCACUAGCGGAAGCACGAAUCUCGGACCUAGCGGAAUUGAAUUCCAACUGGUCAUCGGCACCGGGCUAUCCUAUGUCCGUAAUAUCCUUGUUAAGAAUUUCCGGGCUAUUGGAACGAUGAAUGUUGUUGCGCUGUGGACUGGUCAGGAGACGCGGGAGGUACAUACAAUUGAGAUCGCGAACGCGACGUUUGACAAUGUGACGAUGGAGGGCCCGGUUAAGCAGGCGGUGUAUUUGGAGCAGUGUAGGCCUGGUUGGUGCGAUUAUAAGGCGAGGCUUAAUGUUACGGGUACGAGUUUUCGGAAGUUUAAAGGGGCGGCGUUGAAAGGGAGUGAGAUUAAGUGUCUGAAUAAAGAGGAUGUUUGCGGAUUUAGUGAGGAGGGGUGGAAUGUGAAGAGUGGGGGAUGA